AUGUCUACAAAGGAUGCCCAUGAAGAAUCAAGAUCUUUGGCUUUAACUCCAACAUGGUCUGUUGCUAUAGUUUUGACAGUUUUAGUUGUUGUCUCUUUGCUAGUGGAGCGAUCAAUUCAUCGCUUGGUUAAUCGGUUGAAGAAAGUGAACCGAAAGCCGUUGCUUGCUGCUGUGGAGAAAAUGAAAGAAGAGUUGAUGCUUCUUGGCUUCAUAUCACUCCUUCUUGCAGCCACCACUAACGGUAUAUCCAAUAUUUGCAUCCCUUCAAAGUUCUACAAUGGCAGUUUUCAUCCAUGCAGCAAGCCUGAUAACAAUCAUCAAGUUGAGAAUAGUAAACGGAGACUUUUAAAUGAAUUACAUAAAAAAGUCUGUAAAAAGAAUUAUGAACCGUUUGUAUCAGAUGAAGGACUCGAGCAACUGCAUCGUUUUAUUUUUGUCAUAGCAAUUACACAUGUAACUUAUAGCUGCUUCACCAUGCUUCUGGCAGUAAUGAAGAUCCACAGUUGGAGAAAAUGGGAGGAUGAUGCUCAAAUGGACCGACAUGGUGUCCUAAGUGAAAUAUCAAGAAAUGAGAUAAUGAGGAGGCAAUCAGCCAUUUUAUACUUCCACACGUCGAGUCCCUUAGUUAGGAAUGGCUGCUUCACUUGGAUGGUUUGUUUCUUUCGGCAAUUUGGGAGUUCAGUCGUUCGUGCUGAUUACCUUAUGUUACGUGAAGCUUUCAUCAUGAACCACAACCUUACCUCAAAAUAUGAUUUCCACAGCUAUAUGAUUCGCUCUAUGGAAGAAGAAUUUCAGAGCAUAGUUGGCUUGAGCGGCCCACUAUGGGGAUGGGUUGUGGCUUUUAUGCUGUUUAAUGUGAAAGGAUCAAAUCUUUAUUUCUGGAUUGCUUUAGUUCCGGUUGCUCUUGUUCUACUCUUGGGGGUUAAACUGCAACAUGUCAUAGCUACUUUGGCACUGGAGAGUGCUGCAAUCACCGGGUAUUUUACUAAAGCCAGGUUGAAGCCUCGAGACGAGCUUUUUUGGUUUAAAAAGCCAGAACUUUUGUUGUCACUGAUUCAUUUUAUUCUUUUCCAGAAUGCGUUCGAGCUGGCUUCGUUCUUUUGGUUGUGGUGGCAAUUUGGAUAUAAUUCUUGCUUCCUAAAGCAACACAUGAUGGUGCAUAUCAGACUGAUUUUGGGGUUUGCUGCUCAGUUCCUCUGCAGCUAUAGCACUUUACCACUGUACGCCCUAGCGACUCAGAUGGGUACAAAUUACAAGGCGGCAUUGAUUCCACGAAGAAUACGAGAAACAAUCCAAGAAUGGAGACAGGAAGCUAAGAAGAGGAGGAGAAAGUUGGGAAUAUACAGCGAUUAUUCAACCGCUCACACAGAAACCAGCACUGUGAUAUCUUUAGAAGAUUUUGACCAUCAAGAGCUCGUUAGUCCUCCAACCGAGACAACACCUAGUGAUGAUUUGGCUGUUGAAUUACAACCACCUACAGUCAUGACAUCUGGCGCCCUUCUUAGACCAUCUGGUUCUGUAUGUUCAUCAGUUUCACCAAGCUUUCUCCUAGAAGCUGUUACUAGAUCAUUCUCAUUGCCCGCCCGAAAACAGUAA